AUGCCUGGCAGUUUCCAUAUUGGAGCUGUACAUACUUCAGACUUCAGCACCCUAAUUCUGCUGUAUCUCGAUGACGAUCUCAAGGCUUCCAGCCUUGGCGCACGCUGCUUAGCACUCGCAGGCUUCCCCGCGGCCGACAGAACAAGGUCUGAACAAGGUAUACUGCUGCUAAGUCUAAACCAAAAACCUUCACCGGUGGGAAGACGCACCAACCUGGCCCGAAAGUGGGACUUCACCUGGUGCGCAAGAAAUGUAGCCAAGAACAUCAUCUCGCAUACACUGCCACUUCGCGAAUACGAGAUCGUAGGCCCACAAUCUACAUGUACAGGCAUUACAUACAACACCGCGCCAAACGACGUAGGAGCCGGGUACGGCAAUCCUCUAUCUCCAGAAGAAUCCAAACACAUGGCAAACGUGUGUCGAUGGAUUCGAUUCAUAGCGCGACUCCUGCCGCUAUCCUGCAGAUCUAGUGGGCUGAAAGUUGUGCGACCAUCAACUGUGCAGGAAUAA